UGACCUUAGACUCACACAGCAUCUCUCAACCGUCUGAUUCUGAACAGCAGAUAAAAUGGUGUCUGUGGUACCACUGAGGGGUGUCAUCAUCUUCCUCUGCCUGCUUCAUCUGUGUGUUCAAGGCGUUCAGGAUGUGGACACUGUGUGUCUUGCUCAAAUGACUCAGUAUUUUUAUGACAAUGUCCAGCCAAAGACCGGACAAGGAACUGAUGCUCAGUAUGCAUUAUCAAUCUAUGUCCCACCGGCUCAUUGUGUAGAUAGUGGUACUAAUAUCGAGAAUGUGUUUGACAAAGAAGAUGCAGCAAAAGUGAAAAUGCUUCUCAAUAGAGGUGACAAAUGUGAACUUUGCACAAAGCAACAAAAUGUAAUAGCUUCACGGCCAGUUAGAAUAGAUAAAAAAACAACAGAACAUGCUGAGCGUGUUCUGCUCUAUCCUGUUGGUAACUCGCUCAUGGACAAACUUUUAGCAAAGGCAAGCGACAAAAGCUUUGUAGUGUUUUAUUCGUACAACUCACCUUGUGUGACAAAAUGCCUUAAGAGUGCAGACAAUAUUCUCGAAGGCCUUAGAAAUUGGAUCAAUAAAAGAAAAAUAGAGCGUAAAAUGAAUGCCUUUGUCUUCCAAGAGAUCUGGCACAAGGACAAGAACAAGGAUCUCCAAACAGAAUUUAAAAAGAUUGAUGAGAUAGUGCCUCUUUAUCGGUGUAUGAGAAUCAGUAAUGUGAUGGAAUGCCAGAAAUGUGUGAAUAAUAACGGUGUGGAACCCUUCUGUCUGCCCAAAAAGAAAUAAGUACAUUUCCUUUUCCAUGAAUUGCUUGCAUCGGUGAUCAAACUGUGAUGUGUUAUUAGUAAAUGAUUUUCUUUUCAUUACUUUCAUUGAGCUUUUAUUCUUUUUGCUCCGCAAACACAUUAGGCUGUCUAUGCAAUCUGUGCCUUAUAAACGUAUGUAAGCACGUAUAUUAGAGGCAUGGCCAUAAUGUAUACUAUGUAAUGUAUGCAGUUUUUGCAAACAAUAAAUUCUGUUCAUGC